GAAUGUGUGGAUGUGGCGGGAGACUUGAGCGGCAUUACAGGCGCCGGCAUUUUCCAAAUUUGACUGCCAAGGCUACCGCAAACAAUAUUGUUGUUGACUCACUAGCUGUCCGGGUAAUGUUGUAAGUGGCAGUUGUGGUCUCUCAGAAGUUCCGCGAAUUGUUGCUAAGGCUAUUCUUCACUUCAUUGGUGCAGAAUCCAUUUUCACCCAUGCAGUCCACAGAAUCCUCCAAUGAAUCGUAGGAAAUCAAAGAAGUCCAAGUGGUCCAAAGAAGAGGACGAGCAGCUGAAACAUGCCGUGGACGCGCACGGCGAGAAGUGGGACGUGAUCCGCCAGCUCUUCUCCGGCAAGAACGAGUACGACAUCCAGAGCAGGUGGAACCGCGUCGUCAACCCUGAGCUGGUCAAGGGACCCUGGACCAAGGAGGAGGACGACCGUGUGGUGGAGCUGGUGCACCAGUACGGCGCCAAGAAAUGGUCGGUGAUCGCGUCGCACCUGAAGGGUCGCAUCGGUAAGCAGUGCCGCGAGCGCUGGCACAACCACCUGAACCCGGCCAUCAAGAAGUCGUCGUGGACGCCGCAGGAGGACGACGAUAUCCUGCGUCUGCACCGCAUCUACGGCAACCAGUGGGCCAAGAUCGCCAAACACAUCCCCGGCAGGACUGACAACGCCAUCAAGAACCACUGGAACUCAACCGUCAAGAAGCGCUGGGAGGAGGGUGAGAAGCGGCGCUCGGGCGGCGCGGCGCCGCCUCGCGCUGGCGCCGAGCCGACGGCUCGGUACGAACCCCGCCAGCUGCCGCCGCCGCCGCCGCCGCCUCCGCCGCCCAGCUACCCGGAGUCGACGGUUGACACCGAUUACUACUCGUCGCCAUCGGUGGAGUACACCUCGCCGCCGGCCGCCGACUACCUGACGCCGCAGCACAUGGAAUACGCCAACGUGGCCGACGCUGACUUCCAGUAUCAGACGACGGCUUGUGUGGGCUUCUCGGUGGCGGGUGCCGGCCCGUCGGCCCAGCAGCUGUGUGACCCGUUCGGCAUCGACUCUCUGGUGUCGACGCUGGGCGGCGCCGGCGACGCGCUCAAGCCCAGCCCAUGCCGCCGCCGCCGGCUGACCAGUACCAGGACGACUUCUCGGCCGAGCUGCCCGCCCGGCGCCAUGGCCUAUUCGCCCAUCAGCUUCCCCGCCAUCGGCGAGUACUCGGCGCUCGAGGUCGACCGCAAACCGGUGCUGGGCAGUGAGUUCACCGAGUACCGCCUGGAGACGCCCUACAGCGAGCUGUCGGCCGAUCUGAGCGCGUCGGCCGCGCGGCUCUCGACGCCGCCCAUCUUGCGCAAGCGGCGCCGCCAGACCAGCUGCGCGGGAGACGAGCUGUCCGGCACGCACACGGACCUCAGCAACACCAGCCCUGCUGCAGGGACGCCGCCGUGCCCGGUCACCGCCGCAGAAGAUCACGCCGCUACCGUUCUCGCCGUCGCAGAAGACGCCUCGGCUUCCGGCUAG